CGACAUCCUCUCUCAAGUUCUCAACACUGCCACGACUUGGACUCUCGCGCCACAGACAAGAUGGAUCUCGUCCAGACUGUGCGCAAAGAAGGCUCCCGGGGUGGAGUCAAUUUCAGCUGGGAUGAUGUCAAGAGCUCCGCCCGCCGUGAGAACUAUCUCGGCCACUCCCUCAUGGCCCCGGUUGGGCGCUGGCAAAAGAACAAAGAUCUGUCAUGGUACGCCAAGGCUGAAGAUGCCGAGUUGACGCCGGAGGAGAGGGCGGAGCGAGAGCAGGAGAGAAAGAGGGAGGAGCUGAGAAAGGUCAAAGAGGCGGAAGAAGAUGCCAUGGCACGGGCGCUGGGUUUGCCGGUGCCGGAUCGUGACAAUGCGAAUAACAUUCCGCUGGGAAUGGACAAAACAAAGCAGCUUGAGGUGAACCGGUAUCAAAGCACGAAGAGCGUCGACACGGAAGUCGAAGAAAACACGAUGAAAGGGACGAGCGAUCAGACAAGCACAGACGAAGGUCGCGGUCUCGCUCAAGAGACAGAGAAAGAGGGCACAGAAGGCGUCACGAUAGAUCAAGAUCUCGCUCCCGAGACCGAAGACGAAGAUCACGAAGCAGAGACCGCAGACGGAGCGACGCACGAGAUGAGCGACAUCGAGAUUACAAAGAACGGUCGAGAAGCCGAGAGAAGCGACACCGGCGGAAUCGCAGCCGGAGCAGGUCACGCUCACGCUCACCUCACGAGAAAAGACGACAUCGACGCGAUUGAUUGCGGGGAUCUAUACGUCUUGCCACGCCGUACACGCUGCGGUGCCUUCUAA